AAUUAUGAUGUUCAUAUUCAUUGCUGUGGGGGCAUUUUCGACUUUUUAUCUUUCUUGUGUUACUGGUCAGAAAUACAUGAAUGCCUUUGGGAAUGAUAUUAACAAAUGUUUAUUUGGUAAUUGGAUGGAGAGCUCAUUUCCUAUCAUGAAACGUCCAGUAGACUGUACUGGCAAUUCGCGAACUGGAUUGUGCUAUGGUACGUUACAAAAAACAUUGUUUGCAGUGUGUUACAACAGUGACACUCUUAUCCCAGAUUUUACUGGUCACGUGGUGCUGCCAUUUUCUCAAGUACCUAGCAGAGGAAGUUAUAAAAACGAGAUUGGACUAUUUGAGUCUACUCAACAAGUUCUGCAGAAAAGGGGACAGAAUAGAGGAGGUUGGAGAAACGAGAAUGGAAAUUAUGCUCCAAAACCACAAUCGGAUGUCAAAGAGGACUAUAAACAGAUAAAACAAAAAUUUGGACAAAAUAUCUGUGUUUACAACCGUGGUCAUCUUACACCCUACGGGAAUUUUGAACUCGUGGAAGAACGUGAGUUUACAAUGGUAAAUACAAACAUUGCACCUCAAUGUCAAGAUUUUAAUGGUGGAAAAUGGAAAUUUCUGGAGGAUGCUGUGAAAAAUUAUUCCACGAAAUACAAAAGCAAACUUUAUGUAAUAACAGGAACAGCUAGAUUGUUGGAACACAAGCAUGUUGGUCUACUCAAGCUGAAUAAAAGAGUUACGGUACCUGAAUAUUUUUGGAAAGCAAUAUGUGAUCCUAAAAGGAAAAUGCGAAGAUCAGUCGUUUAUACUGCCAGAAAUCCAACUGAUUCAGAAAAAGUAGGCUUUCUUGAAAUAAAUAGUGUAAAAAUGUUAAAAGAAAAGUUUCCUGAAAUAAAUUUGCCUGAAUUUGAUGAAGUUUGCAAUCCAGACGAAAUUGGAGAUUUUUUGGAAGAAUUCCUAAAGGAAAAUUUCUAAUAUAAAAAUAAGUAACGCAAAUUAAGUUUUGAGGAAAUAACUGCAUGAUGUAACUAGAAAUGUAGCUUCAGUGAAUAAAAAUAUUUUACUUCCUAGAAGUAAA